UGCAGAGGCAAACAAAGAGGUGAACAAGAGAACAAAAGCACAAUAACCCUAAAGUACAUGGAAUUCAUCAGAGGUGAAUAUGCCACAGUGCAGGAGUACAACUCUCUCCCUGGAGAACAUGUGAAGCUAGAUGAUCGCUACACUGAGCCCCUGAUCAUCCAGAAACACCGUCAGCAGAGAGAGAGAGAGGAGGAGAUCCGCUCCAGAGGACAGAACUUUUAUCACGUCAUGGACCAGAGGGACAGCGAGACCUACAAGAGUACCAAAGUGGAGAGGCUGUUUGAUCCAGACGAGCACGGAGACAUUCAGAGAACAGUGAUACUGCAGGGCCACUCUGGAACUGGCAAGUCAUUUACCAGUCAGAAGAUCAUGUCUGACUGGGCCUUUGGAAGACUUUACGAAGACCGAUUUGACUUUGUUUUUCACUUGAGGUGCAAAGAACUGAACCAGGCCACUGGGAGAAAAAGUCUGAUGGAUCUGCUUGACUACGAUCAGAGUUCAUCAUCAAUGAUCAAGCAGGUCCUUCACCAGUCUCCUGAGAGGGUUCUCUUCCUGGUAGACGGCUUUGAUGAACUCAAAUUCUCACUUGAUGUACCUAAAGACUCCCUUCCCAGGGACCCGUGGACACAAUGCUCCCCCGAAGUGACACUGAGUGGCCUGAUACGGAAACAGAUAUUGCACGAGUCCUUCCUGCUUGUUACCACCAGAUCCACAGCGUUGGACAAACUAAAAGAAGUGGUCAAACAUCCAGUGAGAUACGCUGAGAUAUUGGGCUUUUCUGAAGAGGGGGUGGAGGAAUACUUCAAUCGAUUCUUCAAGAAGAAGCAACACUCACAUCAAGCCUAUGACUCUGUGAGAAAAAAUGAAACACUUUUCACCGCAUGUUUCAUUCCAGUCAUCUGCUGGAUCAUUUGCACAGUUUAUAGGGAGCAGUUUGAUGAAGGCACAGAGAUGAUACAAUCGCUGGAGACCACCACCUCCAUCUUUGUUGAAUUUGUUGCCACGCUGUUGAAGCACCACUGUCAGGAUUUGGGUCAGUCAGCUCUUACUAUCCUCCAAGGACUAGGCAAGCUGGCAGAAAAGGGAAUGGAAGAGCAGCAAGUCUUAUUUGACCUUGAUAGUGUGUCACAGACAGUGUCAGAUCCUUCCAAAGUCCCCUUCUUGUGUAAGUUUCUCCAAAAGAAGAGAGCAAGUCAGACCACUAUGUACAGCUUCAUGCACCUCAGCUUCCAGGAGUUUUUCACAGCCCUCUCAUACAUGUUACUGGGUGAUGAGGAAGCUCAGGAGAAAGUUAGAGAGCUACUUUCCAAGGUUCGACGUGGAAAAGAAAACAGUCACCUGCUACCCAUAGUUCAAUUUCUCUUCGGCAUCGCAAACAAGGAAGUGGGAAAACGUCUUGAGGAUAAAAAAUACAUCUCUUGUUCUCAAGGGAUUUGGACCCAGCUCAAACAUUUUAUUCUGGAAGUCAUUGAAAAAGAAAAGGAGGAUCGAAACGCCAUUGAUUAUCACAUUUCAUCAAUGUGGCUUUUUGCGUUUCACUGUCUAUAUGAACUACAUGUAGAUGAUUUUGUAAAGAAAGCCAUGAAUACAUACACAGAAUUUAAUCUGACUCACAUUCCCCUGACAAAAACAGACUGUUGGGUGCUGAAGUACUGCUUUCAGCAUUGCAAGUGCAUCCAAAGACUCAUUCUCAACUGGUGCAAGUUAUCUGCAGAGAAGGUAAAAAUCCUUCUGCCAGCAUUGGAAAAAUGUCAACAUCUCGAGUUGCAGGUGGACGACCUCGCCGAUGAUGAUUUAGAUGAUCUGUUGACAGCGCUGGGAGAAGGAAAGAGUUUGGAGCUGGAUCUGACAGACAACAACUUCUCGGAUGAGAAAGUACUGGACUUGCUUGUUGCUCUCACUAAACACAAACCCAGAAACAUUGACAUUGGAGUGAAGUCCAUCACCAGCAAUACAGCUGACAAAUUCAUGUUCCUCAUCAAUAAGGCACAUGCAGACUUGGAAAGCAUAGGGCUUCAUUGUUGUGAGAAUGUUACAUUGGAAGCCAAUCUACAGAAAAAUGGAGUCAAUGGGACUCUCCAAGCUUCUCUUUGGUUAAAAGUGUCUGACAUGAAAAUGAUCUGUGACUGUAUCAGGGCAUCUGGCUACAGUUUGAGUGAAAUAGAUUUGACUGUGCGCUAUGUGGCUGACCUAUCAGACACUGACGUGCAAUCAUCCACCCUGUAG